AUGAGCCUUAAAACUGGUUUAAAACCUUCUUGCUAUGAAUUUUUUCCCGUAAAUGAAAUGAAAAAAGUUUUACGUGAAGCCGCUGUACAAUGUUCUGAGCGAGGUCUUUAUUUUUCUACUAAAUGGAUAGCUGAAACAUUAGAAGGAUUACCUGAUCAACCUGUUGAUACUUCAGAAAUGGAUAUAUCAUUAGAUUCUAGUAUACAAGAGAAUAUUUAUACUUUAUCAUCCACCCUUGAUAAAGAUUUAACGAAUCUUGAUCCAGCCGAAUAUGAUAAAUAUCUUUUGAGCAAAAGUUAUUUUGAUGUCAAGGAAUUCGAUAGAGCUGCCUACUUUCUUGAAUCAUGUAAUUCUCCAAAAUGUAGAUUUUUAAGAAUAUAUUCAAAAUAUUUGGCUGGAGAAAAACGAAAGGAUGAAGAAAGUCAUGAUAUUAUGGGACCAAUGAAUGAUUUAAAGACUUUUAACAAGGAGAUACCUAAACUAAUGGAAGAAAUGGAAUCUUGGCGUGAUUCUCGUGAAAUGAAUGAUGUUAUGCGCAAACAAUUAUAUCCCCAAGACAAGAAUCUUAAGGAUUUAUUUCUGGAAUCAGUACAGAAUUAUUAUUAUAAUUGGAGUGCUUGGGUUGAGUUAGGUGAAUGCAUCAACAAUAAAGAUAUGUUAAGAGAUAUACUAAACCGAUUACCAAAUACUUUUAUGUCAUUGUUUUUCAAACUUCACAUGUCGGUCGAAUUACAAGAUCUUCCACAAGCAUUUACUGAUAUCGUUGCGGAAUUUCCACCGGAAUAUGUAAAUAAUAGAUUCUUACAAACAAAACAAGCCACAAUGUAUUAUAAUAAUCGGGAUUAUGAUUGUUCUGAAAUAGCAUUUGAUAGAUUACUUAAAUCUGAUCCAUAUAGAAUAGAUGAUAUGGAUAUAUAUUCGAAUGUUUUGUAUGUAGUCAAUGAGAAAAGUGCAAAAUUAAGUAUUUUAGCUCAUAUGUGCGUGUUUUCGGAUAAAUUUCGCCCCGAAACUAUGUGUGCUUUAGGAGAACGAGAGAAGGCAAUUUCAUAUUUCAGAAGGGCUUUACAGAUCGACCAAACCUGCUUAUCAGCGUGGACGUUAAUGGGACAUGAAUAUGUGGAAAUCAAAAAUACUCACGCUGCCAUAAUUUCAUAUAAAAGAGCAGUAGAAGUAAAUCCAAAAGAUUAUAGAGCGUGGUGUGGACUUGGACAAAUAUAUGAGUUAUUGAAUAUGUCAUUCUAUGCAAUUUAUUAUUAUCAGCGUUCAUCGGCAUUAAGACCGUAUGAUGCUAGAAUGUGGUUAAGAUUGGCGGCGCUUUAUGAACAACAAUGUUUAUAUGUGGAAGCCAUUAAAGGAUUUAGUAGAGCGCUUGAAUCAAAAGAUAUCGAUGAUAAUAAUACCAUUCAGGCUAUGACAAAAUUGGCUAAACUAUAUGAGGAUUACGAUCCCGAAAAGGCCGCUGCCAUUUGGCUUCGUUUAUUAGAUCGAGAUGAUUUACAUGAGGAUGCGGACGAAAGAAAAGACGGACAUAAAUAUCUAGCUUCUUAUCAUAAGGAGAAAGGCGAAACAGAAGAAUGCAUGAAGCAUGCUGAUAUUUUAUCUGGAUUUGGAGGAUCGUCAAAAGAAGAUGCAAAGAUCAUAGUAAAGGAGCUGAAACAAUCAAAAAAGUCAAGUCAGGAUGAAUCUAUAAUAGAUUCAUGA